CAUAUUUACUUCCAAGUUCCAUCACGGUGAUGUCAGAUAAUUCAUUUUUUGGAGGUUACGUUUUCACGGUUUUGACAGCAGUAAAAACUAAUUUAGAGGUUAGAAAUUUGUGACAACUCUGGUCACGAAUAACCAACAAGGAUUUGGAAAACACAUUUUUGUAAACUAUGGCAACAGGAACUACGUUACAGAAAGCGAUCGAUUUAGUCACCAAAGCAACCGAGGAAGAUAAAAAGAAAAAUUAUGAAGAAGCUCUGAGGCUCUAUGAACACGCAGUAGAGUAUUUCCUUCAUUCACUCAAAUAUGAAGCCCAAGGCGACAGGGCGAAAGAGAGUAUCCGAUCAAAGUGCAACCAGUAUUUGGACAGAGCAGAAAAGUUAAAAGCACAUUUGAAAAAAGGGAAAAAGAAGCCCGUGAAAGCCGGCGAAGAUGAUUCGAAAAGCGAGGACAAGAAGAGUGAUAGUGGUGACAGUGAUACAGACAGCGAUCCCGAAAAAAAGAAACUUCAAAGCAAACUUGAAGGUGCUAUUGUCAUGGAAAAACCAAAUAUAAAAUGGAGUGAUGUCGCUGGUUUGGAUUUAGCUAAAGAAGCUCUGAAGGAAGCAGUCAUCUUGCCUAUUAAAUUCCCUCAACUCUUCACAGGAAAAAGAGUUCCUUGGAAGGGUAUUUUAUUAUUCGGGCCACCAGGUACCGGUAAAUCCUUUUUAGCAAAGGCAGUAGCAACAGAAGCCGACAAUUCCACCUUCUUUUCCGUCUCAUCCUCCGAUUUGGUGAGCAAGUGGCUCGGAGAAUCUGAGAAACUCGUCAAGAAUCUAUUCGAGUUGGCCCGUCAACAUAAACCUAGCAUCAUUUUCAUCGAUGAAGUGGAUUCUCUUUGCUCGUCUCGAUCCGACAACGAAUCGGAAUCAGCACGGAGAAUAAAAACCGAAUUUCUAGUACAAAUGCAGGGAGUGGGAAAUGACAAUGACGGUAUUCUUGUCCUUGGGGCGACGAAUAUUCCCUGGGUUCUGGACUCUGCAAUCCGAAGAAGAUUCGAGAAGAGGAUUUACAUUCCUCUGCCGGAAUUGCAGGCUCGAGCGAUUAUGUUCAAACUCCACUUGGGAAAUACGGCUCACGUUUUAUCAGAUGAGGAUUUCAAGCAGCUGGCAGCUUCUACCGAAGGAUACUCGGGGGCUGAUAUUAGCAUCAUCGUCAGGGACGCUUUGAUGCAACCUGUCAGGCAGGUUCAGACCGCAACGCACUUUAAAAAAGUGAGAGGUCCUUCGCCCAAAGAUCCAUCGAUUAUCGUUGACAAUUUGCUCACCCCUUGCUCUCCUGGUGAUCCAAAUGCAAUUGAGAUGAAUUGGAUGGACAUCCAGGGUCAUGAGUUGUUUGAGCCGCCCGUCACAAUGCGAGAUAUGUUAAAAUCGCUAUCGACAACUCGGCCAACAGUGAACGAGGACGACAUGAAGAAGCUUGAGAAAUUCAAGGAAGACUUCGGUCAGGAAGGUUGAUGUUGUCAUUUUCAGGCGAGAGUACGAGAAUCUUCAGGCACACGAAUACUUCAGUUAAUCACGCUUGCCUUAUUCUCUUCUUGGACAUUACACCUCUCCGCAGUGACUGUAUCAAACCAUCUGAAAAUUAUCCCUUUAUCUCUCACAAUGAGCGAUUGCUGGGUACCACAUGUAUAUUAGCAUGUUUUUUUCUCAUGUCGAGACAAUCGACGUCUUCGAAGCUAAGGAUGAAACUAUUUUUUGAGAUAAACGAUAUUUAGGAUCGAUCCUUUAAUGUAUUCUCUUCUAUCGCUGUACGCUGUAGAACUUCACAAUUUAGACUCUCUUCGAUAUCUAUAUGUAUUAUAACUAUUUGAAAUAUGAUAUAGACAAAAUUUAAGAAUUUAAGACAUGAGAUGAAAGAUAUAAGAUUAUAAAAUAGGAGAUUAAUUGAGAGGCAUAAUACCGGCAUGUAUUUAAAAUUUGAUUAUGAAUUUUGUUACGCAUUUUUACUUUACAAUUUGCCGAAUGCGUUUUACUUGAUUAAUUAAAAAUCUUACAUGAUGUACAUGUGUGCGUUAUAAAUCGGAACAUUUGUUCUUCUGUACAUUAUUUGUAUUGUUAACUAAAUAAAUAACAAAUUAGUUACA